UCCCGUUUGUCCAACUCUUUAAAUGUGGAACUGACCAAUCACAACGCCCCGGGGCCCGCGUCACCGGCAACGUAGCCAAUCGGCGCAUGCGUCCUACGCGCGAGCGUAGCCGAGUGAAGAUGGCGGCGGGCUCCGACUUGCUGGACGACGUUUUCUUCAGCGCGGACGUGGACGAGACCGUCGUGAGCGCUUUGGUCGGGUCCCUGGAGAGCGAGCUGACCGGCUCGGGUCACGGCGCCGCCCAGCCCGUGGACAAGCACGCACGCGCCCCGCUUGUGAGCGCUAAUUCCGAUGUCCACGAGAGCCAAACGGGACUUGCACGCGAGCUCGUCAACGCAGGCUCGAGGACCGCAGCGGGGGUGAUCCACGGCACGAGGUCGUCCCAGGGUGCAACUCCAGACCCCGCAGCAGGCUCGGGCUCGCACGCGGACCUCAGCACCGGAGCCGCCAACACGCGCCACGGACACAAAGACGCUGCGGGAGUCGCGACUUUGAAUGGCAGUACCGAGCUGCUCAGGUCUCCGCGUGCAUCACGCGCCAACGCGCUUUCCGAGAAGUCUUCCGCGCUCACGGCCGUCAGUAACGGAGCUGGUCCCGUGGCGGUGGCGCCCGCAGCCUCCAGCACCGUCAUCCAGACCUCUCGAACGCACGCGCAGAAUGCUUCUACUUCAACUGUGAUCUCGGCACGGGCGUCCCGUCUGAGCACCGGACCUGCCGUUACACUCCCGAGGCCGCCUAUGCAAACACCGGGUACGGUGACCGCGCCAAGCGGAAGCAGCAACUCGGUUGUGUCCGCCGGGGUGAACGUUGCACACGUGCCUGCCGCGAAUACGACGGCACACCUCAGUUCCGGAGCUAACAAGGCAGACUCGCGCAAAACGAGCAAUCAGACGGCGGCUCCGGCCCCUACGACAAGUGCUGUCGCGAGCACAGGUGACCCGUCUCUCGCGCAGCCCAUGCAAAGCAGCCUCCAGCCUGGAACAACAAGCGCGAAAGACCCCGUGCUGCCAACCAUGACACGAGCUUCCGUGCCCGCGAGCAUCACGUCCAGCGCGGGCGGGAUCAGGGCAGUGGCGCCGGUGUUGGCGCCGAGGCCUCCGAACGUCCAGAACGUCCAGCUCCCUCCCGGGAUGGUCCUCGUACGAAGUGAGAGUGGUCAGCUGUUGAUGAUUCAUCAGCAGACACUGGCCCAGAUGCAAGCGCAGUCCCAGGGCGCCAUGGCAACGAGACCUACCACACCUACCAGCACUCCACCUGUUCACAUUACCUCGGUACAAGUCCCUGGGACCACGAUCCUCACGCGGCAGGUGACUCCCACCACCAUGAUCAAGCAGGGUGCUGUGGUCCCCGCGUCUGCCCAGACGCUGUCUGGUCUCCAGAGGCCUCUGCCGCUGCAGAACUCGAUUAUGGUGGGCGGCACAGCCACGCCCCCUGUUGGCGCGCCGGCCGGAGCAGCACCCACCCCGGUCUCCAAGGAAACGCUAGAAAAUGUCAAGAAGUGCAAGAACUUCCUGUCCACGCUGAUUAAGUUGGCGUCAAGCAGCAAGCAGUCCUCGGAGACAGCGGCCAACGUGAAGGAGCUGGUCAGGAGUCUCCUGGAGGGGAAGCUUGAGGCCGAGGACUUCACCAGCCGACUGUACCGGGAGCUGCAGUCUUCGCCCCAGCCUUACCUUGUGCCUUUUCUCAAGAGGAGUCUUCCAGCAUUGCGUCAGAUGACCCCUGACUCCCUCGCCUUCAUCCACCAGAGCCAGCUGCUGCAAACCCCUGCCACCUCCGGCGCGGGCGCGGCCCAGCGGGUGCCGCCCUUGUCUGCCAAGACCACGCCCACCGCGUCAAGCACCGCCCCCCCACAUCAGUCUGUCAUCAGCUUGUCGCAGAACACACAGAACAAGCCCAACCUGAUCCUACAGCAGCACCAGCAGCAGGGGGUACUGAUGAGUGGGCCACAGGUCAGCCUGACCCAGACCCCCAUGGUCACGCUGAGGCCGGGCCAGCCCCGUGUGUUCGCACCUCAGACCGUAGUAAAGGCGCCCCCCUCUGGCACCUUGCUGAAGUCCGGCUUGGCUGUGGGGACCAAGCUGUUGUCUGGACCUGAGUCUGUAUCCUCAGCAGUCCAGAGGACCAAAGUAAAAGUGGCAGGCAGCAGCGGCUGCUUCAGGGACGAUGACGACAUUAACGACGUGGCGUCCAUGGCUGGCGUGAACCUCUCUGAAGAGAGUGCUCGUAUUCUGGCCACCAGCUCGGAGCUGGUGGGAGCAGUGACCCGCUCCUGUAAGGAUGAAACCUUCCUUCACACAGGCUCACUGCAGCGCAGGGCUCUGGAGAUAGGUAAAAAAUACGGUGUUUCGGAGCUGGGUGCUGAGGUUAUCAGCUUGGUGUCUCACGCCACUCAGCACAGACUGCAGGAUCUUCUAGGGAAGGCAACACAACUGGCCUAUCAGAAGAGCGUCCCCUACAAGGAGGACGAGCGUCACGAGCAGGUGAGUGACGUACGGGCACAGCUGAAGUUCUUCGAGCAGAUGGAUCAGAUGGAGAAGCAGAGGAAGGAGGAACAAGAGAGAGAUAUACUGCUGAAAGCUGCCAAGUCACGAUCAAGACAGGAAGACCCGGAGCAGUUACGACUGAAGCAGAAAGCCAAAGAGAUGCAACAGCAGGAAAUGGCUCAGAUGAGGCAGAGGGACGCAAACCUGACGGCUCUGGCUGCCAUCGGCCCCAGGAAGAAACGGAAAGUGGAUUCGUUAGCUAGCGGAUCGGGACCGGAGGGUUCGGGCUCCCUGUCUGUGGGUUCCGUGGCGGGCCUCCACGGAGGCUCCAGGCAGUUCACACGUCAGAGAAUCACACGUGUGAACCUCAGGGACCUGCUCUUCUGUCUGGAGAACGAACGCAAGACCAACCACUCCCACCUGCUUUAUAAAGCUUUUCUCAGAUAACACCCAGGAGGGAGGGACAGACAGAAAGGACUGUCACAAGAGGCCGAAAAGUGGAGGCUCCGCCCCCCACACACUCUGCACCCACACGGUCCAGUGCAUCAUGCCUAGCAACUGACCUCCAGCUGCCUGCUAAACUUUCCACUGAUUUGAGUUUAUUUCUUACUGCCCCCCCGGCUCACUAUAGAAAUUUUCAGCAGACUGACAUGGACUACAGAUGUUUUCUACUAUGGUUUUUUACGUCGGUGUUCUUUUACCCGCCUUUCUUAAAUCCUGUAGGUUCACUUUUCUUA